UUCUGGGCGUUUGUAGCAUUCUCAGUUUUGUACGGUUCACUUAAGGGCGCCGAUCAAAUGCUGCUGGUCAAGAUUUAACUACUUGAGCUCUGUCGCGCGAUAUUUUCAUUUUCGAAAUGCAAAAUGUAGCCAAUUUUCGGGUAGUACUUUGAUUCGUGCUGCGAACAUGUGUGAGUAAAACUUUAUUAUUGUUUUUUUUUUUUUUUUUGAAAAAUCGUGUAGCACGUUCCGGUGGAAUAUACGUAUACUUUUUUUUAACAAAAGGAAAAUCCUAAUACCUACACCAGUGUCAAUUAUGAAGAAACCAAAUUGCAUUUGAUUUUAAUAGGCCAACAAAAUGGACAAUCCUACCCUAGAGGAUGCUCCCAGAGAUCCUCGAGCGUAUCAAGCUUUCCGUCAAGGAUACACCGAGCAAGACUUCGAAGGGCACAGGGCACGUUCUGUAUUCAGCGGAUUCCAUGUUCCUAGUAACCAGAAACGUCAUCGUAGGCAUCAUCGUCGAGUACACACGAAGAAUAAAAAUGAUUCGGAGGAUUGCGAAAGAGCUAUCACACCACCCGCUCAACGUGUACAGUUCAUCUUGGGCGAAGAUGCUGAAAACUGUUCUCACGAACCACACCCCCUUUUCACCGAAAUGGAAGAAUUGGUGCGCGAUGAAACUGGCAUGGAAUGGAAAGAAACAGCGAGAUGGAUUAAAUUCGAAGAAGAUGUGGAAGAAGGAGGAAACCGGUGGUCUAAGCCACAUGUAGCUACGUUAUCAUUGCACGCGUUAUUCGAACUACGUAGCUUUAUUCUGAAUGGUACUGUAAUUUUGGACGCUGAUGCCCAUUCCUUGGAGGAGGUUACUGAUCUCAUGUUGGAUAAUAUGAUUGGCUGUUCGGUCAUACCUUUCGACUGCAAGGAUAAGAUUAAAGAAACUUUAUUGCAAAGGCAUAGGCAUCAGCAUGAGAGAAGAAAAGAUAAUAAUAUGUCUAAGUUACCCAUUAUACGCUCGUUGGCUGAAAUUGGCAAAAGCCAUUCAUCAUCGAAGAUGGAAGAGACUCAUUCAGCUCCUACACUGGUGCCUGUUCAAAGUCUCGGAAGAUUUUUAACACCUGCGCCUACUGAUUUUCAAAGUAGGAGAAGUAGUACGUGGCAUGGUAGAAGAAAGACCAUAAAAGGUGCAAUUAGUACUACAGAAAAUGAGAAAACAGGAUACGUUGGAAUGCCUAGAAUACAAAGUUAUGGCGAUUUGAAUCCUGAUCAUAAAGGAAAUACGCAUUUCAUGCGUAAAAUUCCUGCUGGUGCUGAAGCGUCGAGUAUUUUAGUUGGACAGGUUGAUUUCUUGGAGAAACCAGUUUCUGCAUUUGUUAGACUUUCGGAAGCGGUGUUUCUGAGUGAUUUGACGGAAGUGCCUAUUCCGUCUCGUUUUAUUUUUAUAUUGUUAGGUCCUACAGGGCUAGAUUAUCAUGAAGUUGGUCGAUCUAUGGCCACGUUAAUGUCAGAUGAGAUAUUUCACGAGGUAGCUUAUAAAGCUCGGAAUCGUAAUCAUUUACUUGCGGCUAUCGAUGAAUUUUUAGAUGCUGUGACUGUACUUCCUCCUGGGGAAUGGGAUCCGUCCAUUAGAAUCGAACCGCCAGCUGCUAUUCCUCAGGAUGUUAGAAAAAGACAUUCGGAAAAGAUAAAAGAAGAUUUAGAUACAGAAGUUGAUGAACAAAAAUUACGUGAGGAAUCAGGCUUGUCCAGGACAGGGGUAUUGUUUGGUGGAUUAAUCAAUGACGUUAAAAGAAAACUACCUUGGUAUAAAUCGGAUUUUACGGAUGCUUUAGCUUUACAAUGCGUCGCCUCUUGGAUAUUUUUAUAUUUCGCUUGUCUUUCGCCAAUUAUAACUUUUGGAGGCUUAUUAAGUGAUGCCACGCAUAAAAACAUGGCUGCAAUGGAAUCCCUGGUGUCUGGAUUCGUUUGUGGCAUCGGUUAUGGAUUGUUUUCCGGCCAGCCAUUGACUAUUUUAGGUUCUACUGGACCUGUCUUGGUUUUUGAACAAAUUGUAUACGAUUUCUGCGCAGAUCGAAAAUGGAAUUAUUUAUCAUUCAGGUUAUGGAUCGGUUUAUGGGUCGGUUGCAUUUUAAUGAUUUUAGUAGCUGCUGAUGCGAGCGCAUUUGUUUGUUAUAUUACAAGGUUUACCGAAGAAAAUUUCGCCACACUUAUUGCAUUUAUUUUUAUUUAUAAGGCUAUAGAAAAUGUCGCCACAAUUGGUAAAAGAUAUCCUAUAAAUUCGAAUCAUCGUGAUCACACAGCAGAAUGCCUUUGUUUUCCACCCGAAGAUUCUCAGUAUUUACCUGAUAUUACGGAAUCGGUCAAUUGGACAUCUCUAGAUAAAGAUGCUUGUAAAUCUUGGAACGGUACGUGGUCUGGGCAAGCUUGUGAUCCAGCUACAUACGUCCCUGAUGUCUUCCUGAUGUCGAUAAUUUUAUUCUUCGGGACGUUUCUAAUUUCUGUCCAACUGAAGGAUUUUAAAAACGCCUUAUUUUUCUCUUCAAAGACUCGACAAUUCAUUAGCGAUUUCGCUGUCAUCAUUGCUAUAUUCAGUAUGUCUAUAAUGGACUACGUUGUAGGCGUUAAAACCCCUAAAUUAGAGGUUCCUCGAGAAUUUAAACCUACCUCACCGACUCGUGGCUGGAUUGUACCUCCUUUUAAUUCUAAUCCUAUAUGGACAGCUCCGAUUGCCAUACUUCCCGCACUUCUCGGGACAAUAUUAAUAUUCAUGGAUCAGCAAAUUACCGCUGUCAUUGUGAAUAGAAAGGAGAAUAAAUUAAAAAAAGGCUGUGGAUAUCAUUUAGAUUUAUUUGUAUUAUCGAUUCUGAUAAUAAUAUGCUCCGUGAUGGGAAUCCCUUGGUUUGUGGCUGCUACUGUAUUAUCGAUUAAUCACGUAAAUUCGCUGAAAUUGGAAUCCGAAUGCGCAGCUCCUGGAGAAAAGCCUCAAUUUUUAGGCGUUCGAGAGCAAAGAGUAACCCAUGUACUGAUAUUUACCAUGAUUGGUUUAUCUGUCUUGAUAACUCCACUUUUACGUCAUAUUCCGAUGCCUGUGUUAUAUGGAGUGUUUUUGUACAUGGGAGUGGCUUCGCUUAAAGGCUUGCAAUUCUUCGAUCGAAUUUUAAUCAUAUUUAUGCCGGCGAAAUAUCAACCUGACCAUAUGUUCCUAAGACAGGUGCCACUGAAAAGAGUUCAUUUAUUUACCAUUAUUCAGUUGAUCUGUCUAAUUAUUUUAUGGGUGAUUAAAUCGGUUAAAUCAACGUCAAUUCUAUUUCCUUUAAUGUUAGUUGUAAUGAUAGCAUUAAGGAAAGCGUUGGAUUGGGUGUUUACUCAAAGAGAAUUGAAAAUAUUAGAUGAUAUAAUGCCUGAAACGAUUAAACGAACUGAAGAAGAACUACGUUUAGGAGAUGCUGAAGAAAAACCAAUAGAUUUCGCUCCAUCUUCGGGAAACCUUCAGAUACCUUUGGUAAACGGAAAUAUCAUGAAAAUUCCCCUAUCAUCGAUAAAUAUCUCGGAAGAGGUAAAUAAAACUGGUAUUUGGAAACAGGUGAAUUACGAGAAUGGAAAAAAUGAUCGCAAAAAUGCCCCCAGCACAGUAACAAUAUCAAAAACGCAGAAAAAAUCUUAUUAUAAGAAGGAUGUAAUUUGCGAAGACGAAAAACACCAACUUUCUACAAUGACUGAAGAAGAGGAAGACGAAGGCUUAACAAUAAAGGUGGGGACUAUCCCCCCUACACCUCCUAACAUCAGUCCCACACGGCAUUAGUAACAUAUACACAUUAUUAUAAAGCCAGACUAUAGAACAGUAACAACUUACGUAUUCAAUGGAAUGAAAUGCGAUGAUGAAACACCAGUCUGAAUGUUUGAAAAGUGUUCAAUGAAUACGUUGUGUAUCGAGAAAGAAUUCUUCAAAAGCGCUUAACGCUUAUAUUACACAUUACCAUGGUAGUAUUUGAACCAUUGUCAAAGAUUCAUCAGUGAAGAGCGAAUAGCUAUUUAUGUGAACGCUAGAUUAGACUUUUAAAAAAUAGUUUAAAUUCAAUUCCAUUCAUCAACGUUUUAAAAAACACAGCUUAUUACAGGUAGGUAUCCUAUACUUGAUACCUAACCUGAAUAAUUUGAUUUCUGAUACAUUGUAGUAGAUUUUGCUGAUUCAACUACUUUAUAGAUCCAUUGUUGUUUAAAAACAUUUUGAAGGCAACAAUUUACUCAUGUUUGUUAUUUUUUAAUUAAUGUUUUUGUGUGUUUAUAGUAAAAAUAAAUCAAUAAACCAGAGCAAUUUUU